AUAUGUUUUCAUUUUUCAGCAGACGGCUUUUGGAUCGAUGUUUUAACAGAUGCUUCAACUACGUGUAUAUUAUGUGUUUUGUCAAUGUAAAGUAAAACCAUAUUAUAAACAGUUCAUAAUGUUUAGAUUCAUGCACCUUACAUGCAGACUUUUUGACACAUAAACAUUUUGUGCUAUUAACGUUUUUAUGUAUGCCAGGGUUAUUUACGAAAGCAAUUAUCUGCAGCUCACAGAUAAUUUAAUGCUUUAACAAAUUGUCUAUUUUUACGUUCUUGUAUCUUUUAACAAAGACGCUAAAAUCAUAUUUGUAACAUCUGUUAAACAAUAGUCGUGAGCACUGAUCAAAUGGCAAAAAUAUUGUUCAAUAUAGAAGCGUCUUGUAUCUACUUUAUACUUCUUUACAUUUGUUUCAUGUACCGUGUUAAAUCACCACUUGUUUCCAUAUACAGCCAACUGACAGCUGAUAAAUACUAAUUAACGUAUACCUAUUACUGCUAGCUUGACUAAUAUAAAUUGAACGUUGGUUUUCAAGAAAUGUAUGAUUUGUAUAGGAUAUAGCUAUGAAGUGAAAUACUGGAGAACCUGGAGAGUGCAGGCGUAACGACCGAUCAUGUUUUUCUUCGUGUUGAAUCUUCUACCCAGCUCCACAAGAUCUGACACGAUGACCCCAAAUGUGUGACCGUGACCUUUGAUACUUAGGACUGGAUAUUUUAUGUGACAUACCAUCAUGUUGACAAACAUUUUCUGAAAAAUAAAGAAAAAGAGAAUGUUUCAUACAAGAAUCAAGGAUCCAACAGGAAUGCCAACUACAGCUUAUGAAUGGUUGUGAAAAUAAUUGACAAUCUCACAAAAAAGAGUAAAACAAUAGGAAAAUAAAGCUCAAUCAAAUGCAGGAACACACUGGAGAUUCACUUUAGAAUGGUCGGUGGCAAAAACACUAAUCAAUGAAGUAUCAAGAUGAGCCUUCAAAAAUGUGUCUACAUUAGACUUUUUGCCUUAGAUCAAUUUAGCUAAUCUCAUGAAUAAAAUUCGAUAGCAUCCACUAGAGUUCUAUUGGAUUUAAUGCAAACAAGUAAUUUAAUUUAGUUUAGUUAUAAACACCGAAAAAUAUUUAAAUAAAAUAAACAACAUUUUAUGAUACAUGACUUAGUGGAAACUGAUUUAAAAACAUAAAUGUUCUCUGAAGAUGCAAUGAUUUGUUUGUGUAGGAGAAAUUGUAUAAGGUAUGUGUUUACCCUGAUAACGAUGUGUGUGAUGGUGAGUUUUUAUAUAGCAGCUUUAAAACAUAACCGCGAUAUACAUAAAAGAUUUCAUGUUAGAAGGCUUAAAGUGAAAAGGGAUGUACAUUCACAAAUACAUAAUGGCAAGCAUCGGGUAGCUAAUAUGACCAUAAUUAAGGAGCCGCCGCAUGCGGAUAAAGACAAUAGCUCUUUUAAAGGAGGAGGAGAAUAUACUGUGCACGUGUAUAUUGUAGAAGAACACCAUGAAGUAAUUCCAUAUUGGUUCGCCGCAGCCCGGAGAGAAAUAAUACCUAAGUCUGGAAAUACACUGGUACAUAUCGAUGGGCACGCUGAUCUCGAACCGCCCCUCUAUGUCCCGGGAUAUCCAGGUUUCGCCUGGCCGCAUGAAUGGCAGCUUAAAUUCCUAAUGCAGACAAACAAUGCUUUUAUUCAGGCGUCUGCAAUGACUGGACUGGUCAAUCGUGUGAUAUGGGUAUGGCCGGACUGGGUCAAAACGAAUCACGAAUCUGGUUAUUUCAUGUCAACUGUGCGCCUCGGACUGUUUUCAGUUACGCACAAUGGCAAUUCUACACAGAAAGGAUUUUGCGCUUGUACGAAAAGUGGAAUACAAUCUGAAUGUAGAACAUUAACCAAUGUAAGUAGAAUGGCAAAUAAAAGCAGUAGUGACGGUGAUUUCAUUAUUCCAAGUAGUAUAUGCAAAAUAAAGAAGAUUCUUAUUGUUGAAGAAAUACAUGAGGACAAGGCUUUAGCCUUUUUCGGAAAAAGUGACUGGAUCGCAAAAAGUGAAAACAUUAUUCUUGAUAUAGACGAAGAUUACUACGGUCGUAGUUAUGCAAUAGAACCUCUAUUAAAAGCAGAUCUAAGUUACAGCAGGUUAAAUCGGUUAUCAAGUUUAAUAGCAUCUUAUAUAUGUCCAAUCACUUUCACUCAUGAAAAGGAAUCGGACAAGUUUUUAAUGGAACUCUUGUCAAUUACACGAGCAAAACGUGUUUGCAAAUUUACGUAUAACACCCUGGAAAAUUCCAAAACAUGUAAUGGUGUUGCAGAAAUUGAUUUACAUAGGUAUUUUAAGCAUCAACUCGACAGAUCUGUAACAGAUAAAACAGUACGUUUGUGCUCAUUGAAGUUGAGUACGAAUGAUUUUGUGCAGCAAUUGUUAGCGAAAUUAGCAACAUUUACCAUCAAACAAAUUCGGGCUUUACAGAAGACUGGGUUCUGUUUACGAAUGUCACCAAAAUCACUUAGAAUUUAUGAAAAAGAUUAUAGGUUUGGACUUUGCAUCGGUUCAAAUAUACCAGAGCAAACAUCCGUAUUAGAGCAUAAUGCGACACAGUCGGAAAUUUCCACUAGAUCUAUUUUAUUAAAAUAUCUUUUCAAGAAGUUAACGGAUCAUUCGGUCGAACUAGUGACAAUAUCGCGUUCAGUGAGAGAUGGCUAUACACCUAGGCAUUUUUUUGAACAGAUUGAAGUCGGUAUUUUAAAUGGUUUAAAUAUUUCUUUCAAUGGAAAAAUCAAAGUUCACUAUGACCCUGAGCUGCUUGGCGGAAUGCCCGGAUGGCCUGCAAGACAUCUAUAAAGCUUAAUGCUGUGUGCGCAUGCAUGCUUCUAAGUUAAUUAUAAUUGUGAUAUUUCCGUCCGGGAGACUAAUUCUUGACAUUUUUAUCUAAUGUAUGUAAAUAAUUAAUUUUUUCUAGGUUCAUAUUUUUUUGGUUGAUGAACAGCUAUGUUAAAAUGAAUAAAUGACAGCCGUUUAACAACUAAACUUCAUAGUUUCGGUAGUCUUUCAGAAGUACGCGAGAAAGCCUUUCAGCUGGCUUACGGAAUGUUGGUGGUUCUACUCAGUUACCCGCCCCUGUCUCAAACAAUGUCCAGAGGGGCACCUAGGGUCUUCAUCCACUAUCAAAAGCUGAAAAUGGUAAUGUGUUGUUGUGACUCGUAACCCGACAAAACGAACAAAUAACCGCGGAGAUCUUUUUCCUUUUUAUUAGGUUGACUAUAGAUUAAACCUUGAUCCUUAUCUAUUGAAGACAUAUAAAUGUCAAAAAAAAAAAAAAAAUAAAUCUUGAAUAAGUGUUA